AUGAAGGAGAGGACUGUGAAUGCGAUGAGAUCGGGGGUAGUAGUGCUCGGAGCAUUGGCAUUUGGAUUUGGAUACCUGAUUCUGCAGCUUGGGUUUAAGCCUUAUCUUGAAAGAGCCCAAAUUGCUGCUGAGCAGUUCGAGCUGUCUUCUUCCUCAGAGCAACAGCAACAUGAUCAAGAACAAGAACAACCCAACUCAAGCUCAACCCGUCAUUUCUAAAUGGGGUGGAGGUGAAAAUGGAUAGGUAGAGAUGCUGGAGCAUAGUUCUUGAUGAUGAUUGUGAGACUCGUUUGUACUGGUCUCAAAUGCUUUUCGGACAGUUUUAUAUGAAUUUUCCUUUGUUGACCAUUCUGGGGGGG